AUGCGCACUUCCCGUACUUCUAAAGAAACAGCGAAAGUGCUACAGGCGCUAUCUGCCCCUCGUGAGACUCGCACGCGUGUUAGCGCGUUGAGAGCUUUCGCCUACAAUGCCAAUCCCGAUGGCAAUGCAAAUGCGACCGUCAAGACGGAGCCUGAAUUGACUUCUACACCCAGCUUGUCCGUACCAACCGACGAUGAUUCAUCCCUGUCUGAGGCAGAUACAGCCGAUAUCGAAGACUUGCUCGAGCCCCCUUCCAAACGCCAGAAGCGAACGACUGCGUUACCAGUCAAACACCCACGGAAGACAAUCAAGGAGAAAUCCAUCAUCAAGAAGGACCCAGAUGAGAAACCCAAGCCAGAACGAAAACGCCGCCUGCCAGCGCGCAAAAUCCGCGAUGCGUCCGGCGUAGUGAAAGUCGAGCCCCCGUCCAACUGGGAGAUCAUGUACGACACGGUCAAAAAGAUGCGCGAAGAUAACCCGACCGCACCGGUUGACACAAUGGGCUGCGCGGAGCUCUACUGGCGCGUCUCAGAGCCAAAGGACCGUCGUUUCCAAACGCUCAUCGCGUUGAUGCUCUCCUCGCAAACGAAAGAUACGGUGACAGCCGUUGCAAUGCAAAGAUUGCACACUGAGCUGGGCCAAGGAUCGCCCAUCAAGUCUGAAGACCAGGACCCCGGAAUCAAACUCGAGGAUGAAGACUCCAAAAUCAAACUCGAAAACCAAUCCUCCGCCAAAGACAGCACCCUCAACCUCCACAACAUCCUCGCCGUCGACCCAACAACCCUAAACUCCCUAAUCCGCACAGUGGGCUUUCACAACAACAAAACAAAAUACAUCAAGGCAACAGCCCUAAUCCUACGCGACGAAUACGACGGCGACAUUCCCUCCACGCCAGAAGGCUUAAUGGCACUGCCUGGCGUAGGUCCCAAAAUGGCGUACCUGUGUCUGAGCGCGGCGUGGGGCAAACACCUUGGUAUUGGCGUCGAUGUGCACGUUCAUCGCAUUACGAAUCUCUGGGGCUGGAAUAAGACCAAGACGCCCGAGGAGACGAGGAUUGCCCUGCAGGCUUGGCUACCGCAUGAGAAGUGGCAUGAGAUUAAUAAGUUGCUUGUUGGACUGGGGCAGACGGUUUGUUUGCCUGUUAAACGGCGCUGUGGGGACUGUUAUCUUGCUGGGACGGGGCUUUGUAUGAGUGAGAUUCGGGGGAUGGAGAGGUCGGUGGUUAAGGGGGAGAAUGGGCCGAAGGUCAAGAUUGAGGUCGUUUGA